AUGUGUCAUCUCCUGAACAUCCUGUUGGCUUUGCUGAGUCGCUUCCUGUUUGCAGUCCACGGGGUGGUGACAGUGUGGCGUGUGGUGGCUGUGAAAGAGGAGCCACUCUACUGGCUGCUGCUGACGGGCGUGGCAUUGCUGGGUGUGGAAAUGGCUGUCACUCUGAAGUGCACCCGAAACGCUGAGUGGAAAUGGUUCUCCCCCAUGGUUUUCCUCUACCUCAGUACUGUCAUCCCAUCCAUUUGGUUUCUGGAGCUGAGCCUGCUGCAGUCCAAGCUACCUGUCAACAAUUCCUCAGGCCCUGAGCUUCAUUUGCUGGCUCACAUCCCAAUCACAGUGGGCAUCGUGGAGCUGGACCCAGAGAACUGGGUGGCUGGCCUGGAGCAAACGAUGCUCAUAGUGCUCGUACUGGGUCGCUGGCUGAUGCCCAAGGGGGACAUGUCUCGUGACCAGCUCUCCCAGCUCCUCAUGGUCUAUGUGGGACUGGGUGCCGACAUCCUGGACAUCUUUGACACCUUCAAGGAACCUGAGGUCAAAACCAACCCAGUGGUCAUCAUCAUUGGCUUGGCCCUCUUCUCUUGGGCACUGAUGCAGUUUCCUCUGGUGCUCACCCAGACACAACCCCAAAAGGGUGAACCUCCACAGAGGAGUGUGGAUGGUCUCUCCUGCUGCCCUGGUGCUCCAUCAGUGUUCGCCUCUUGCUGCUCUAGUGAAGUGUGGAGCUUGUUACUCACAGUGGGACUUCAAGAUGGCCCAUUCCUAAUUUACCGGCUCUACCUCAUGGUCCAAGAGCAGGUACUCAACCAGCUGAUGAUCUUUUUCACCUGUAAGAACAUCCUCAUUGUCCUCUUGGAGCUUUAUCGAAUUUAUGUGGUGCAGUGCGAGCAGCCAGUAGGGGAAUCAGGCUUUGAGAAGUGUGCUGCUUUGGAGCAUGGAUGUCAAACCAAGAGGGGUGGGAAAGAGGAGGAGGAUGAGGAAGGGGGUAGAGAGGAGUGGGAUGGUGAGAAGAAUAUUCAUACAGAUACAGAAAGAGCCACUGGGAUGGAGGAAGAUCAGAGAGGUGUCCAGGUGUAGAAAGGCUUAAAAUUCUAUGAGGCAUGACUUUUGCCCUCAAGGGGGGCAUGGCUUUCACAUGGCAAGAGAAAAGUCGAACCCAUCUGCCAUCGCUUGCAUCUCAGCCUCAUUCUGAGACAGUCUCAGCUCUCAGAAGGUUCAGUAACUAGAAAUAGACCACAGCUGAAGAGAAUGGGUCCCCACUGAAAAGAUCAGAGAUGAAUUUAUGCAACUCCCUUUGAUAAAACCUUUUAAAAAAUAAGUGUUUCAGUCAGAGGAGGUUUCUGCACUGAAGAACAACAAGUUUAACAUGUACAGUCAGUCUCCACAACAUGAUGGGAUUAGCAAUGUAGUGAAAUGUGAAUGUGAGCUUUGGCUCCCUCCAGUAUCAUGUAUUUGUUUUAAUCAGCAACAGCAUGUGAUGAUAUAAUUUCAUCAUGUUAUGCAUAUGCAUUUUUAAUAAAAUGAUGGUGAUGAUGGGUUUGACAGAGGACAGUGUUAUAUGAAUUAAAUUAAUGUAAUGGAGAAAGACGGUGAUGCAUGUCUUGCUUAAUUAACAAACAUUGUCUA